GAGUUGGAGUGAUAUACUCCUCUCCAUUUUAUGUGUUCUGCUCUUCAUCUUCUUCUCCCGAAAUUCUCUCCAUUUUCUUUGAUAAAAAAUCUGAACAUGGUAUCAGAGCCUUUCAUGAUCUUUGAGGGCCUGUGUGAGAGAGAUUUGAGGGAAAUAGACCAUCAUAAACUCCGACUAAACCCAAAUUGUUGCCAGCAAGUUUUUUCUUUCAAAAUACCCUUUUUUUUCUGACCCAACACAGCGAACUCCUCUGACCAAAAAUGCAGCAAAGAUGCUGUGAUGAUAAAGGUUACCUUUAGGUCCUUCAAUCUUUGAAAGUGGUUGAUAAAAGGAUACAACCAAUUUGUUAAGGCAGAAGAGAGUAUGUGAAGCUGUGAAGUUGAAGGUUAACUUAAUGUCCUUCAAUCUUCUUGAGGCAGAAGAUCUACAAGAAGCAAGAUCAAAAAAUGAUGGUUUGAUGAUAUUUUAUGUUGCUGGUAUGGGUGGUGUUUUAUGCUACAGCAUUAGUCUAAAAAGGCAAGGAUGGCUUGUGAAGGUGCAAGUUGGGAACACAAGAGUACUCACCAUUGCAUCAAGUCAUUUUCAUGACCGAGUAGCCAAAUCUUUAGCCUGAGAAAGCUGUAAAAGAUGAAAAAGAUGAUGAAGCAACACUUUG